CUCAUGACGGUAUCCUAGCGACUGGAUGGAAGACGCUCGGUAAUUCAGAUACGUAAAGCAAGGCCUGUUUCAUCCUGAAACCCACCAUUAAGGCGGCGAUGAAGUUGACACAUAAGCAGGUGUUGUCCCGGGCCAAGGCUUCUGAUUUGGAGAACGUCAGAAAGCUAAAUUGCUGGGGAAGCCGCCUUACUGAUAUCUCUGUAUGUCAUGAGCUUCCCAACAUUGAGGUUAUGACAUUAAGUGUAAAUAACAUAUCAACCCUGGAACCAAUAAGAUACUGCCAUAACCUUGCGGAGUUGUAUCUACGGAAGAAUAAUAUUUCCAGUUUAAAUGAACUGUACUACCUAAAAGAGCUUCCCAGGCUAAAGAUUUUAUGGUUAUCGGAAAACCCCUGUUGUGGUGCUGACCCUCAGAAGUAUAGAAUGACAGUUCUUCGAAACCUUCCAAAUCUUCAAAAACUCGACAAUCAAGUGGUGACAGAGGAGGAACUUACUCAAGCCCUUACAGAUGGUGAAGAACUGACAGGCCCCCAAACAAAAAUAUCAAAUUCAGACAACAGUCAUGAUGAGACAUCUAUAGACCGUAACUAUGGUACCAGAGAGUCAGAAAAUGAUUUGCUAAACUUUAGCAUGGAAGAAACCAACAAAAUUCGGGAACAACUAGGCAUGAAACCGCUCCCCAGGGACAAAUUUUCUUCUUUCUCAUCACCAACGGAUGGAGAUGGUAGCAGAAAGAAAAGGAACAACAUUCUUAAUGCAGUCUUAUUACUGCUGAAAGACCUGGACACUGAAGGACUGGAAAUUGUUCAGAGAACUGCCGGACAGAGACUUCACCAGUUAAAAAAGAAAGAGCUCCAGCAGGAAACAUAAGGCAUUAUGUCAAAACUAAAAGUGCACAUACAAGAUGGACGUCAUGCAACUUACUGUGUUUUCUCCCUUCAAAGUAUAACAACCUUACAAAGUAAAUCCACCAAAUACUUACUUCAGAGAUGCCUAGGCAUUACCUAUACAUGGGUCUACUUUUUCUAUAAUCAUGCCAUAAGUAUGUACAAUGCCAUCUUUAUUGUCAGAAUGCUGAAAAAAAAAUGUAAAUGUAAUUGAGUUGAGAGAAAAUUGAAAAAAUAUGGUUCCCUUAAACAAUCGGUAACACCAAAAAUUAAAAUAUUUAACUACAUGAUGCAUUUGUUUGUCCCGUAUGUUUAACAUUUUUUUUGAAUGUAAUGUGUUUAGUGCUGUUCAUGUGUAUUCUCUUGUGUAAAUGAAGCCAUACUCAGUAUUUUGUGUUCAGUGGUACAUAUUCGUAAAAUUUCAGUAAAUCUAUUUUUUCAAACAAAAA